AUGACUUCUGGAGCCCUUUGUGGAUUUUAUGAUACAAAUAAUGGCUUAAUAAGUAAUUUUGUUAAUAGAUGGAGUUGGUAUGCAAACAAUGGUGCUUUUACAUCUCCAAGAUAUCCUCCUAAAAAUUUUGGUUUAUUACUUCCUGUGGUGAGCGUUUUAAGUUUAAUCUUUCACUCUCUGAUUUAUUAUUACGGGGCAGAUUGGUUUUCAAAGAAAUAUAGUACUACAUUUAAGAAGAAGAUUUUUGGUGAUGAGAAGGCAAGAAGAGAAUGGAAUAGCAGAAUUGUUUCAAAUGUUCAUGCAAUUAUUUCUUCUCUAUUUUCAUUGUAUUGUAUCGUAUUUGUUUUUCUUCCAGCCCCUUACGAAAGAAUUUUGUCAAUUUCCAAUAAUUCAUGUAUUUGCUUGAUUGGCUAUGGUAUUGGCUACUUUUUAUAUGACUUGUUCAUUGUGACUAGAAAUUAUCCUCAACUGGGAGGUAUGGAAACACUUCUUCACCAUUCUAUUUCAAUACUUGCAUUGCUAGGAAGUUCCAUCUGGGAAAAUGGUAUUGUGUUGGUGGUUGUCAUGAUGUUUACUGAAAUUUCUACACCUUUUGUGAAUCAAAGAUAUUUCUUUUCUAAAUGCAAUAUGAAAGAUUCCAAAAUAUAUACUUAUAAUGGUAUCAUGAUGUGGUUGACAUUUGGUAUUGUUAGAAUUUAUUUCUGCUAUUACAUUCCACAUUUUGUGUGGGAAGACUCUGAAACAUUUUGUUCAUUCCCAAUUGGUUGGAUUAUUCUUAUUUCUUUAAUGAUGACCUUAAUGAGUAGUUUAAAUAUUUUCUGGUUCUAUAAGAUUACUGUGGGUAUCGUGCAAGUUGUUUUUGCCAAGCAACCAACUUCAGCUCCAUCCACAUCCUCAACUCCAAGUGCUCCUGAUAGUAUCAAUGUUAAGGAUGAUAAGAAAAGUGAUGAAGAUGACGCCGACAAAAAGGAAUUGGACGAAAAAGUUGCCACAACUUCACCUUUAGUAAGAAGAUAA